GAGUAAUUCGAACUUCGCAUUACGCCAGUGACAUCACACAUGUCUCAAGAUUCUACUCAGACAUAUAAGACUGAUCCAUACAGAGCAGGUAACAGAAAACUUCCGCCAGGCCCAGGUAAAUCAAUAUAUUUAAGUUUUAAGAGAAGAAAAUUGGAAGAUAUGGAUAGGCUUGUAUUUCGAUCACCCUAUGCUAAAAGAAAAUCACAAUGCCUUUCUAUCUUUCGGUAUCAAUAUCAGAAUAUGAUUCGCCGACCCUGAGUUCUGAACAUCAACUCUAUCACUCAAGGUCGCCAUCAGAAAGUAGUACUGCCAGACUUGCGGCACCUAGCAAUACACUUUUGGGGUAUGAGGAAAUGGAUACAUUUGAACAGCAAGAUCCAUAUGCUGCUCCACGAUUCAAAAAGAAGAAUAAGCAUGACAACAACGGAUUUAAAAAGAGGGAACUGCUAAACUACCGUGGCAUUGAGCAGCAGCAGCAGCAGCAACAACAACAACAACAACCAGUAGAGGAGGAAAAGCGAGCCAAUUCCUAUUUGCCUUACUCAAACCAUCCCUAUUCUAAUCAUGGACCGGUAUAUUUACAGGAUGAUAGCCAACAAGCAGCGAACAGAGGUCCUGUAGGAUCAAUGCUUCAGGAUAAUAUAGUGAUGGACAUGUUGGAUGAAAGCUACUAUCCAAAUACCGGGAAUGGCAUGGGCAAAGAAGACGGCAAAGAAUUAAGCGAUACAGAUUUUGACAUUAUACCUGUGAAAAAGAAAAAAAAACCAUGGUGGAUAAAGCUAGGUAUAAGCGGUAGAAAACUGGUAUUCAUCGCAUUUGCAUUUGUGGCGGUAGUGGCUGUAUUGUGGUAUUUUGUCUGGCCCAGAGAUCCAACGUUGCAGUUCCUGGAAGCAGGGUUGGCAGACGGUACAACAGCACAUUAUACCUCCACUUCCAUGGAAGCGAUCUGGAGCGUGAACUUCACUGUGCUCAACUCUGAUAAUUGGAUACCUACCAACAUACAAAAUUUUGCUGUCAGCGUGAUUGAAGAUAAUUCAGGGGAGACGUUCGGCACAGGCAAUUCAGGGCACCUUAUGUUGAAGCCACGAUCCAUAGACCAAGUGGUCAGCAUACCUAUUUACAUCAACUUUACCCGUUCUGCAGAUAACCAAGCUCUCAAGACUCUUUUGGGUGCAUGUUCGGUUAUUAACCAGGACCUCGCCUCGCCUGUGCCUAGACAAAGUCUCAGUAUCACAUUUAGAAUUGUUUAUUAUAUAGCUGGUAUUGUUUGGCAUACUGUAUCAAAUGUAUCACCUAUCUCUUUCUUCCAGUGCCCAUAAGUCUGUAGUCUUCUUUUCGUCAUUCGUCAGUAUUUAUCUGAAUCAUCUUCUUUUAAUAGAAUAAAGCAAAACCAACGCAUACCCUUCCUCUUAGAGCAUAUGUUUAUUAUUGCGAUCAGUACAUGCAUAUUUGUAAGUGUCUGUCUUAAAAACCGAAAUAAAAGAAAGAUUUCUGUGCUUCUUG